CCCCAUUGUGUUUUCCUAUUACUCUGAGUUUCUGGCCCAGGAGAAACAAGGAGAGCAUCUGAGCUGGCUCUGCAUGUUCUGGAUGAUCGGUGGGAUCUACGCCUCCGCCAUGGCCUGGGCCAUCAUCCCACACUAUGGCUGGAGUUUCCAAAUGGGCUCAGCCACAGUUCCACAGCUGACGUGUCUUUGUGUUGGUGUGUGCCCUACCCUCUGUGGCGGCCAUCUCUGCCCUCACCACCAUGCCUGAGAGCCCCCGCUUCUACCUGGGGAAUGGGAAACACGACGAGGCAUGGAUGAUUCUGAAGCAGGUCCAUGACACCAACAUGAGGGCGAAGGGCUACCCAGAGAGGGUCUUCUCUGUGACUACCAUCAAAACCGUGAAACAAAUGGAUGAACUGGUGGACCUGGGCGACGGUGCCGCCUGGCAUCAGAAAUGGAGGAUAAAGCUAAAGCUCUCUACACUUUUCCAUCAGGUGAUAAACCCUGCAGUUUGUUCUUCUAUUUCACUGUUUCUUAUUUAGGAAUAUCAACUGUACAUUGAACCACACUGAGGACAGAUCAGGACUAGAAUUCUGAAUGAGAGUGGUGUCUUCUUCUCAUCUAACUCUUGUUUAAUUGUAAGGAAAAUUUGAAGCAUCACAAACAGAUAUUACAAUCAAGGGAAUUAGGAAAACCAAAAUUUGCAAGACUUUGCUCUGCUCAAGCUUUAUUUAUUUGCGAAUUCUCUUUGUCUUUGUGGACGGUGUGUAUUUAGUGACAGGACGUGUUUGUCUCACAGCUUGUGCUGCUGAAGAUGUCUCAGUUUGUUUACUCUAUGCUGUUACGGCCCUGGCCGUAUUAUUAGUAUUGUGUUCGUUUGUGGUGUGUGUUGUUGUUUUUUUGUCCCUGUU